CUUUCCUAAAUUGUAAAGCCUACGUCAAUGGAGGAAGAGCGGAAUUUGGGCGCUCCAAAUUUGCAGAUAUUUCCAAUUUCUUCAACCCCUUUUGAUUUUAUUGGCAGACGACCCGCGCAUCCAUUUUUGGUUCGCGAAAUCCACAAAACAUUCGCUUCCAAUGUGGAAAAUUGCGUGAAAAUGGUGGAUGCUAUGAGGUCCCAAAAUGAGAUUGUUGAUAAAGUGUUAUCAUUUCCUGCUUAUCUUCAUAGCUGCUUCCAGCUCCAGAAGAAGAUUCAGCGCAGGAACUUGUCAAUGGUGUCUUCUCACAAGUUUGCAGCAAUUUUGCCCGGUGAUUCUGUGGCAGGAGUGGUGGUUGCUAGUGGGCUUUCCAAUUUCUUGAACAUCUACAACACAUUGCUCAUUGUCAGAUUGGUUUUGACUUGGUUUCCUAACGCUCCUCCCGCCGUUGUUAGCCCCCUCAGCACACUAUGUGACCCAUAUUUGAACAUAUUCCGAGGCUUAAUUCCACCACUCGGGGGCUUGGAUCUUUCACCAGUAUUAGCAUUUCUUGUACUAAAUGCCUUCACAAGCACAGCUGCUGCAUUGCCUGCUGAACUCCCACCUCCCACUUUCACCCGUCCUACGACGUCGCAGGAGAAAUGGAUGGCAAGGCUUGCUGGAACUCAGCCUAAAAUGUCCAACACUCAUAUAAAGUAGUAGUAGUAGUAGUAGAAUGUUUUCCACAGUAUUUUCUGUUUCCUCUUGCACAGAAUGUAAGUUUUGAGUUCAUGUAACCUUGUUUUUUAUAUAAUUGGAGCAAAAUUUGCAGAUUCACUCA